AUGCUUCAAGGCGACAUCACCUUCAGAUGCGGUCAUUAUCACUACUAUCCCGAGCCAACUCCUCAUUCCAACUGCAUCCGUCGGGAAGUUUACGUGUAUUCACCCGAGCGGUUUCCUGCUACACCAGGUGAACCGGUUCAUCAUUGGGUCCGGCGGGAUGGGAAUGACAAUAUAGUGGGACCUGAUUCUGACCCCUCAUUGCGAGUACCACGAGAGGCACCAGAAACCGUGCUGGAGAAGAAUAUGCCGCAGCGAGUACGGAUAUCAGAACUGCUACCAGGACCGGCACCAGCACGCACUUCUAGACAGAACCCUAGAGGUAACCUUGAGAUUAGUCUACGACGAAGACUAAAGCAGGAGGUAAGGAAAAGAAAACGUGCAGAACAAAGACGGGCACAAGCAGACUCCAGGGGGGAAGAGGGACAUACAUCGAGAGGAGCGGAAGCAAACACACAAGACAUCAAAGAAGAUAUACGAGGCGACGUGCAGGCCAUACUGGAAGAGGAACUGAGGGACCUGAUGGACCCGAUGGACCUGAUGGAAGAAGAGGCGUGUCAGGAAAUAACGGAGGAGGUGAAGAGGGAGGCAAGGAGCAAUGCUUAUGAUCAAGUGUAUGGGUUAUUGCUGAGGGAGAUGCAAAAUAUGAUGGAAGAAACUAAGGAAAUCUUGAAGGAGGAUUUGGCGGUGGUGAUGGAGAGGGUGAAAGAGGGGGUUAAAAAGGAGGUGAAGGAGGAGGUGAGGGUGAAGGAAGAGUCGGAGUAG